AUGAUCAAGCCUGAUAGGAUAGAUGAUCUCAGGAGUAAGGAAUUACUUCAGGACCUGAAGGUUGAAUGCAAGGCAUUGCUGGAUGGCUUCAAUCUGAUUAUGCAGCAUGGUUUAGAGGGGCAUCAGAUUUUGAUUGAAUCUGAUUCUCAGGUUUUAGUUCAAAUGGUAUUUGGUAAGUUGGAUCGCUGCUGCACUGGACUGGAGUCACUAUUGCUCGCUGGACUGCACUCGGAAUCGCUGGUCGCUAGACUCGCUACUGAUCGCUGUCUGGGUAUUCUUCGUCGCUGA